AUGUCAAAUACACCAGAUCGUACGCCGGCGAGGUUUAGUUGGGACAAGAUUCGCCCAAGGGAGUACCUCCACUAUAUCCCUUGUUUUGAUGGCUUCCAGUGCGCACGGCUCGAAGUUCCACUCAAUUGGAACGCGACAAACCGAGAUUCUGAGCCGAAAGCAAUAGUAGCUGUCAUAAGACUUCCAUCCAAAGUUCCUGUAACGGACUCAAGAUAUGGUGGUGCUAUUGUGACGAAUCCUGGAGGCCCUGGCGAAUCUGGAAUUCACCAACUGCUGACUAGCGGAAAGCAUCUCCAGACUAUAGCUGAUGCAGGCAAAUCGGCUGGAAGGGAUGGCAAAUUCUUUGAUCUCAUAUCGUUCGAUCCGAGAGGUGUCAAUAACACCGUCCCACGCUUGAAGUGCUUCCCCAAUGCUGCUACAGAGAUCAAGUACCUUGACCAGCUACUAGACUACAGCUUAUUGUGGUCAUCUCCAAAUGUGCUGGGCUUGGAAUGGGGGAAUGCUCAGGCUUUAGGGGAGAGUUGUUCUCGCAAGGAUCCGUCUACUGGCAUCGAGGCUGUUCAUUACGUCAACACUGCGCAGACUGUGGAGGAUAUGCUGCUGAUAGUCGAGAGGCAUGGUGAGUGGCGUGAAGCUGAAGCAAGACGUCUUUUGGGAUUGUCACAGCCUAAGAUUCUGGAAAUCUACGAACUCGCUAUGCAGCGUUUAAAAUGGACUCGAGAUUUGGAGAAGAUGAAAUAUUGGGGACUGAGCUACGGCACUACUUUAGGUCAGACUUUUGCGGCAAUGCAUCCUUCGCGCAUUGAUCGCAUGGUCAUUGACGGGGUAAUGAAUGCUGCGGACUACUAUGCCGGGGCCUGGAUGAAGAAUUUAGUGGAUUCAGACAAGAUCAUCACUACGUACAGUAGAUACUGUUUCGAAGCUGGCCCUGAUAGAUGUCCUUUGCACAUGAACACUUCAGUGGAAGAUAUAGCAAGGCGGUUCGAGGAUGUCAUGAUGGACCUCAAAACCAACCCGAUUGCAAUGCCAGGAGGCGACGAAAACGGACCCGCUUUACUCACAUAUAAAGAUAUGCAUCUCCAUCUUCUCGGAGGGAUGUACUCGUCGUAUUCUCAUGCUGAGAACUUGUUCCGGCUCGUCGCAGGAAUUGACGCUCGCAAUUCGACUAUCAUACGUGAAGGCAUACUGGGAACUGGACGAGAGAUACCGAAGCGUUCUAAGCAAUGCGUUCACGAUGGUCCAUUUUCUGAUGCUUGUGUGUCCCAAUCGUAUAUCUCCAUGCUUGGUCCAAAUCAAGCAAUCGCUUGCAUGGACAGUGCUUGGAACAACUCCUCGAGUCUGACGAAGACACAGUUUGGAGGAUACCUAGAUGAUCUGAAAACCAUGAGUAAAUGGAUAAGUCCUAGCUGGGCAAGAAACAAGCUGGCAUGUGUCGGAUACAAAGGCAAGCCUGCUUGGACAUUCGAUGGACCGAUACGUGGUAACACAUCCUACCCUAUACUAGCGAUUGGUAACACACAUGAUUCAGUGUGUCCAUUGCGCAACGCCGUGGAGAUUACGCACCUUUUUCCGUCGUCAAUUGUGGUGCAACAAGAUUCCGAGGGACACUGUUUCCAGUCCAGUCCGUCGACGUGCACUGGCCGCAUCAUUCGCGAGUAUUUCCAAAGUGGAAAACUGCCAGAUAAUGGAACAGUAUGCAUGCCAGAAUACAAGCCUUUCGUUGGAUGUAUGAAUAGAGAUGAAGAUGGUAAGUGUAAGUCCCUGGGUGAGGAAGAUGAAUCGAUCUUCAAAGCUAUUGAGGGCUUGACUUGA